GCACUCCAGUGGGGCGGGGUGAUCCGAUGAUGGAAUCUGUCUCACAUAACGCAGGAUCAGUCGGUAACUUCCUAAUGACUGCUCACAAAGUUGUGAGUGCAAGUUUUAUAAUUUUAACUCGACGUCCACGCAGCCAAAGCCGCGUGUUAAUGAGGCCGACGUGAUGGCAUUUCACAGUAAUUCCCAGAUUUCACACCAACAACUCCCACUCACGUUUUGUGUGACCAUGGAUGCGACCUGCAGUGUUUCCACUGCUCCAGCUGGUUUGACUGUCCAGGUGUGUUUUCCUGGUGCCCGUGCUGCUGUUAUGGACAGUCUGAACCGCCAGCGGGAAGAGGGCAGGCUGUGUGACCUCUCCAUCCAGGUGCAAGGCCAAGUGUUCAGAGCCCACCGCUGUGUGCUCGCUGCGUCCUCGCCAUACUUUCAUGACCAGGUGUUACUGAAGAAUGUUACAACUGUUUCCCUACCUUCAGUUAUGGACCCAGUGGCCUUUGAGAGUGUCCUGAGUUCUGCCUACACGGGCCAGCUGAGCAUUGUGCACGAUGACAUUGUUAACUACGUCACUGUGGCCAGUUUCCUCCAGAUGUGGCACAUCGUGGACAAAUGCACCGAGAUCCUGAAGAGGCCACGGCCUUCAGUAGAAGUCCCCGCUGGAGAGGCGGCCGUAGCUCACCCUGGCACUGCUUCUCGCCAGCAGUCCCCGAGCAGCACAGACUGCUUGUAUCUGGAAACGGAGGGAAGAAGGAAGGAGAGAAAGCCUGAUGCCUUGCCUCCCUUAGCAACAUGGAGACGCCCGCAGCACUUCCCCAGAUGGGGACGCCCACGGCCCUCAUCAGCACAGCACUUAGCAGACUCUCAAGUCGACACCUUCCCUGGCUAUGUGGAUAGUGAUUACACCAGCUGUGAGGAGGCAUGGGUAUCAAGCCAUACCAAAAGCAGCCAUUUUGCUCAUGAUGGACCAGGCCAUAAUAUCCGGCACCACGCGGGGCUCCCUGGUGGCGAAUCAUUAAAGCAGAAAGUCAGGUUUCAACUGCGGGGAGCUCCGCCGAGCGCCGAAAGACUGCUCGAUAAGAAUAGAGAGAGCGGGGACAGUGACGAGCCACGAGAGAAGAGGAAGAAUGAGAAAAGAGAGAUUGAGGCCGAUGAGGGAGUAGGAGAGGAGACGGAGGGGAAGAAGGAAGGCUUUACACAAAUGGGACACUGCGCAGGCUCCCACCCAGUUUCAAAUGAGAGCGUAGGUGCCAGACAAUCCAGCGGGAAGGCGAGUGUGGAGGAAAUGAAGGAAAAAGUGCAGAAAAACUUGGCAGGAAGUGAUGCCUCCUCAGACCCGCCUAUUGUUCCUGCCUGCCAGACAAGUGAGGGAGUUCCCGGCCCCACCUGUCCCGUUUCAGCCCGGCUGCAGUGGCAGGCGGGUCCCUGGUGUCAACAGGAGCAGAGGCCGCAGGAAGGAGAGGGUGUCGGCUGCAAUAAAGACGAGGAUGAAGAGGAGGAGGAGGAAGAUGUGGAUUUUGAAUGUUUCACAGAAGGGACCUUCAGCAGAGAAACGUACGAUGAGAUUGAAGAUGGCACAGGACAGGUUUCACAGAGGCCUUUGGUGCCUGUGUCUCCUGACUUCACCAUGGCUGGCUCGGAGGUGAACUGGCCCUCCACCAGCGUGGGGCAGGGUGGCACACUGACCUCCACCUCAAACCGCCAUUUGUCUCCAUCCUCUGCUGCAUUUCCACCGCCCUCUUCACCCCCGACCCCAUCUUCUUCAUCCUCAGUGUCCCUUGCCGGUGCCCCCUACACGGGCAAAGUCCACUUCUGCCACUGCGGCAAAGCCUACACCCUGAAGAGCAUGCGUGAUCGUCACGUGAAGAUGCAGCACCUCAAUCUACGGCCCUUUGGCUGCCCUGUUUGCACAAAGUCCUUCAAGAUGAAGCACCAUCUAACCAAGCACCUUAAGACUCAUGGAGGGCUGCGGCCCUAUGAAUGUGGCCUGUGUGGGAAGAAAGUUAUUUGGAGAGACAGCUUCCUCAGGCAUCAGGCCCGAUGUGAGAGACUUGCUUCCAGCUCUUCCGCUAACGGCAACAACGCAAGCACACCGGCAGCGGAUAUGGAUGACAGCUACAGUUACGGGUUUGAAGAUGGGGAGGCUUUCCUUGCAACGGAAGGACAAGUGAAAGUUGAAGAGGUGGAUUUUCACGGGGAGAUGGAGGAGGGGAUGCGUGGCCUGUUGCGUGGUGUGUCUGGGAUUGUGGAUCAUCUAAGAACUCAGCCACAAGCCUUAGACACAGAUAGUCACGUCUUUAAAGAGGAGGCGAGUGAGAGCUUUAGCGGAAACUAAUCAGUAAUGUGAAACAUUUAAAGCAUUUCAUUUGUCAGGGACAACAUGAUGACUUUAAAAAUCUUGACUGAAAUCACUGAAGGCUUUUAUGAGCAGCUGCUUCUGUUUGAUCCUUGUUGUGAGCAUUCUUUACACGUCAUGGAUAUUAUGAAGAAAAGGAACAAUUAGGCUUCAUUCAAGUGGUCCUUUUUAAUUUGUGCAGCGCCAUGUAGCCUCCGUGCUGUAAACUGUACAUCUGUGACAAGCUGUGUUGUGUUGUUUUGCACAUAAAUUAUUUGCCAUUUAUCUGCAUUAGAAAAUAAAUACAAGGAUAGAAAUAAAAAUCUUUAAUGGGCCAUAUAGAUGUCUCUUUUCACACUCAAGGAAAGAAAUCUUGUUAUAUAUGGUAAUAAAAACACUUCUGAUUUUUCUGAU